AUGAACCUACCGGUAUCUUUCCCUUAUCAUCCAGAGCCAAGUUUCAAGUUCCUUGAACGUGAAAGGAAAGGGAUCCUGAAAACCCUCACACUUGAUGAGUCGGUCUCCAGUGUUGCUUCUUCGAAAGCCUCAAGUCAAAAGAGCGUUGAAUUUGAUAUAGUUCAAAUACACGAGCAUCCCAUCAUUCGAGGUGACAUCACAGACGUUCGAGGGGGAGGGCCGUCACUUACUAUUUCGUGGGAUUCCGUCUCCGAAGAGGUGCUUACCGUGCAGGAAGCUGAGUGUGCGAAGCCCAUUGUUCCAGGGAAAAGGACCACAAAGGUCUUCUGCAAGGCAGAAAGGGUCCUAAUACUACUGAAUAUGGGCUACAGUAUGAAAGAACUUGCUCAGAAAUACUCUGUGAAACAGAAGUGUGAAGCAUGUGACAAGGAUCACAAAACAUUCUACAGCAAGAUGAAACUUGCCGCUAAGAAGCUCUCCACCUCAAGGUCCGAUUCCGCACUCUCUACAUCAAAGAAGGUAAAGCAAUCAUCCAAAAAGAACAGGGCUGCGCGAUCUCAAGAGACACAAUGUCACCUUUACCUGCUGUAG